AUGGGAGAAAAGAAAGGAGGCGGCGGUGGCGGGAAUAUAUUCCGAUGUGCUGAUGGGGUGGACAAGUUACUGAUGAUGCUCGGUGUUUUGAGUAGCAUUGGUGAUGGAAUGGUGGUUCCACUUAUCUUGAUUACUCUGAAUGGCAUCAUUAAGAAUUAUGGGAGCCCUAAUGUUUCUUUUUCCAAUGAGAUCGUCAACAAGUUUUCACUCAGGAUGCUUUAUGUUGCAAUUUUUGUUGGGAUUUCAGGUUUUAUUGAGGGUAUGUGUUGGACUAGAACUGCGGAGAGGCAAACAUCUAGGAUUCGAACAGAAUAUCUGAAAUCAAUACUGAGGCAAGAAGUUGGUUUUUUUGAUAACCAAGAUGCUUCCUCUUCAACAACCUUUCAAAUUGUCUCUUCCAUAUCUGCUGAUGCUCAUACCAUUCAAGAUGUCAUUGCUGACAAGAUUCCAAACACCAUUGCCCGCCUCUCGGAAUUCCUGGGUGGCAAUGUACUUGCCUUCUACCUUUCAUGGAGAAUGGCAUUAGCUUCCAUCCCAUUUGUAGUUGCAUUUGUGGUUCCAACUGUAGCUCUCGGCAAAUUAUUCAUGGGUCUCCAAGCAAGAUCAAAAGACACUUAUGGCACCGCAGGUAGUAUAGCCGAACAGGCGAUUUCGUCGAUUCGGACAGUUUACUCCUACGUGGGAGAGAAUCAAACACUUGAUAGGUUCAGGCAAGCUCUUCAGGAAUACAUGAAUUUUGGGAUCAAGCUAGGAAUCAUGAAGGGAUUGAUGAUUGGAAGCAUUGGGACAAUGUUUGCCUCUUGGGCGUUUCUUGCUUGGGUUGGAAGUGUUCUUGUCAUCAACGAAAACGAAAGCGGUCCAAGAGUUUUCAUAUCCAUUUGUAGCGUUACUCUUGCUGGGCUGUCUACUAUGAGUCUUCUACCUAAUCUUCCAAUCAUCUCAGAAGGGAGUUCAGCAGCUAAACGAAUGUUCGAAAUGAUUGACCGUGUUCCUGAAAUAGAUACUCAAAGUAGAAAAGGCAAAGUCCUGGAUGAAGUAAAAGGGGAUAUUGAGUUCAGAGAUGUUCAUUUUCGGUAUCCGUCUAGACCAAAUACUCCAAUUCUUCAAGGGCUAAAUCUAAGAAUUAAGGCAGGUAAAACUGUUGGUCUUGUUGGAGGAAGUGGUUCUGGGAAGUCCACAAUCAUAGCUUUGCUUGAGAGAUUUUAUGACCCAAAUGAAGGAGAUAUUCGACUUGAUGGGCACAAGAUUAAGAAAUUGCAGCUUAAUUGGUUGAGGUCUAGGAUGGGGCUUGUCAAUCAAGAGCCAAUUCUUUUUGCAACAUCAAUUAAGGAGAAUAUAUUAUUUGGCAAGGAAGGAGCUUCAAUGGAAAUGGUUAUCAAUGCAGCUCAGGCUGCAAAUGCUCAUGACUUUAUUAUGAAAUUGCCUGCAAGAUAUGAAACUCAUGUUGGGCAAUUUGGGGUACAAUUAUCUGGAGGGCAGAAACAAAGGAUUGCUAUUGCAAGGGCACUACUUAAGGAUCCUAAAAUCCUUUUACUUGAUGAAGCAACAAGUGCUUUAGAUGCAGAGUCAGAGAGAUUAGUGCAGGAGGCACUUGAUGAGGCUUCAUUGGGAAGGACUACCGUCGUUGUUGCUCAUCGACUUUCCACAAUCCGUAAAGCGGAUAAGAUCGUGGUUCUUCAAUCAGGUAGAGUGGUUGAAUCUGGUUCACAUAAUGAACUCAUGAAAAAAAGGGAUGGUGGAGUUUACUUUCAAAUGGUUCAAAUGCAGCAAUCAGAAACGUCAAAUCAAAUCACUAAUCCUGCUAUUACUCCCUACCAUGAAAAGGGAACAAGAAGCAAAAGGAGGAGCCCAAUUCCCCAAACUCCCAAAUCUCCAUACAGCGCAAGAUCAGGCGGCCAAAAUAGCCCAUUUUCUCCUUUUAGCCCGGCAUUAUCCAUGUCAAAUUUAACUCCUGAACUUUGCUCUUACUAUGACAGUGGCAGUGAUGAAUCUGAUGAUGAUUACAGUGACUUUGGUGGUCAAAGUAAUGCGUCGCAAUGGAGAUUGUUCAAGAUGAACGCUCCGGAAUGGAAAAGGGCCUUGCUUGGUUGUUUAGGAGCUGGUGGAUUUGGUGCAUGUCAUCCUAUUCAUGCUUAUCUUUUGGGAUCACUAGUUUCAGUGUACUUCCUUGAGAAUAGUUCAAAAAUAAAGUCAGAGACUAGAUUUUGCAGCAUUAUUUUCGCGAUUCUGGCUGUGGUGACACUGAUAUCAAACUUCAUUCAGCAUUACAACUUUGCUGUGAUGGGAGAGCGCGUGACAAAAAAAGUGCGCGAGGAAAUGCUUCGAGCUAUGUUAACAUUUGAAAUCGGAUGGUAUGAUCGCGAUGAGAAUACAAGCGCAGCGAUUUGUGCAAGACUAGCCACUGAGGCGAAUCUGAUUAAAUCCCUUGUGGGAGAUCGAAUGGCGCUAUUUGUCCAGGUGUUUGUUAGUGCAACACUUGCAUUUGCACUAGCAUUAGUCCUUACCUGGAAAGUUUCAAUUGUGAUGAUUGCAAUGCAGCCUUUGAUUGUGGCAAGCUUUUACUCAAGGAGCGUUGUGAUGAAGAAUAUAUCAGCAAGUGGUCAAAAGGCACAGAAUGAAGGCAGUCAACUAGCUAGUGAGGCUGUGAUCAACCAUAAAACAAUCACUGCAUUCUCUUCUCAAGAGAAAAUUUUGAACUUGUUCAAAGCAACAUUGGAAGGGCCUAGAAACAUGGCCAUAAAACAAUCAUGGAUUUCUGCUAUAGCCUUGUUCUGCUCCCAAUUCGUUAAUGUUGCAACAAUGUCUCUGACAUUUUGGUAUGGCGGGCGGCUUAUGAAUAGAGGUGAGGUGAAUUCAAAGCAUUUAUUUCAGGCUUUUUUCAUCUUGAUGAGCACAGGUAGAAGCAUUGCUGAUGCUGGGAGCGUGACAAAUGACAUAUCCAAAGGUAGCAGUGCCAUUAAAUCAAUAUUUGCCAUUUUGGACAGAAAAACUGAGAUUGACCCUGAAGAUUUUGACGGGAUCAAGGUUGAAAGAGGAUCAUUGAGUGGACAAAUUGAGUUGAAACAUGUAGCAUUUUCCUACCCAUCUAGACCUGAACAAAUCAUUUUUCAGGAUUUAAGCCUGAAAAUUGAGCCAGGAAAGAAAGUGGCCCUUGUUGGACAGAGUGGUUCAGGAAAAUCCACUAUCAUUGGGUUAAUUGAAAGAUUUUAUGAUCCAAUUAAGGGAUCAAUUGUGAUAGAUGAUCAUGAUAUUAGGAGCUAUAACUUGAGAAGCUUGAGAUCACACAUUGGGCUUGUGAGUCAAGAACCUACACUUUUUGGUGGAAGCAUUCGCGAAAACAUAGUGUACGGGAAAGAGGACGCGACAGAAGCUGAGAUCAAGAAAGCUGCAAUUCUCGCUAAUGCAGAUGAAUUUAUAAGCUCAAUGAAAGAUGGAUACAGCACAUACUGUGGAGAACGAGGUGUCCAGCUUUCAGGGGGGCAAAAGCAAAGGAUAGCUCUGGCUCGAGCCAUUUUGAAAAAUCCGACGAUCCUUCUCUUGGAUGAGGCAACAAGCGCCCUCGACAGCGUGUCGGAAAAUUUAGUGCAAGAAGCAUUGGAAAAGAUGAUGGUUGGUAGAACUUGUGUCAUUGUAGCACACAGAUUGUCAACAAUACAGAAAUCAGACACCAUAGCUGUGAUCAGGAACGGAAUGGUAGUUGAGAAAGGAUCACAUUCGGAUUUGGUUGGACGUCAAGGAGCUUACUAUUCACUCAUCAAACUACAACAUGGACAAACCCCAUACAGACAAUGA